AGACCCCAGAUAGGCUACUUCAGUUCCUAUAUAAUAACAGAGUAAAUCGUGACAUUUUCAUUCUUGUUCUGUCUUCUCAUCGAAUCAGAUCGAAUAGAAUUUUUUUUUCAAAAUGAAAUUGUUCGGAUCUAGUGUUGUGAUUAUUUUGUUAGCUGUUGGUCUUCAAAGUAAGAAUGCAGUUCAGAGCGCCGACGACCUUAUCAAACCCACAGAAACACCAGUUGAUUCGGAUCCUCAAGCCACCACCUUAGCUACUGAAACACCAUCUCCAUCAACGGCAGAGGCAACUUCCACACUCACCAACAUCCAGCAAACGUCAUCAGAACUCACCACUUUACCAAACAACACUGUACUGCCACCAGCAACCGAACAAAAUGACCACGAAGACCUGCUCGCAGUCGUAAAUUCUGAAGAGAUAAUAAAAACAUCACCAAUGGUAGAAACAGCCGAAGAUCAUCAAUCAUUACGAUCCGCAGAUAGUCCAUUGUCCAAUAAGAGCGACACGUUGGUUGUAAACAUGAUCAGUUCGUCGUCCAGUAAGAAAGACAAAUCGGUCCUAGAAACAAUCAAGGCUAUUCCGCACAUCAAUAAUUCCUUCGUCGUGGCCAAUUUGCUCAAUUUCUCGUACGAUAAAAUCGACAUUUCUCAUAUUGGAGAACCUUUUGAACUUGGUUCCAUUCGGGAUUUGGAAUUUCCUAGUACAUCGUACGUACUUCAUGGGAAGAUAACAAGGUUCAGUAAUAUCCACGCUACUGAUGUUUCAAUCCAACCUGUUGAUAUGUUUUAUAAUAAUUUUUCGUGUGCAGCUAAACAUAACCGGAUCCUACUAAACGUAAUCCCAGAGAACAUGACCUUUGAGGGGGACUACACAGUAAUAGACGAGCUGCAGAAAAAUGAACUAUUCAACGCUUCUCUCCUAUUCAAUCAAACCGGAGCCAAGUUAUUGUGCGAAUUUCCCAAUACUUCCUCACUCCAUCAUAACAACUGCGACAUAAUCUUCGCCAAUGGAGAAGUGAAAUUCACCCAAUUAUGCGACGACCAAUGCGAUUUGCUGGCCUCAUCAGCUGAUAUGUUGCACGAUGUAAAAUUACACAUAUUGGAACAACUGAGCCGCCUUUUAAUAACGAAAAAAGCUGACCAAUUCGUCUCUGCGUUUCCUUUCCUGUCGAUGUGUUCAUCACCAGCCCCCUCCCCUGCAAAGACCAAGAAUUAUUACGUUAUCAAAGAAACCGUUACAAAAACGUACAAAUCCAGCCAUUUACAACUUGGACCGAUGAUUUUCAAAGGACUGGAUAAUUUUACCACCGGAAAUGUAAUUGCAGUCAAAAGUAGCCUGCGCCAUGCCCCGAAUCGUUUCCUUAUAACGACUCAAAUUAAUAAUGUUCAAGGCCAUUGUGACUGGCUUUACUACAAAGACAACCAUCGCGACUCGAACAACAAACAUACAUUUACCUUUAUCAUCGAAGAAGUAAAAUUCGCUAUUGGAGUGAAAUUCACAGAGACUUGGAGUGUGGAUAGUUUCGAUAUAAGUCUGGGAAAAAUAAGUGUACACAGGUUGAAUAAAACUCAUCCGAAAAUACUCGAUUUUAUGAAAUCAAUUUUGCAAGAUUUCGUACAUGAUGCUACUAUCGAUUCUUUGAACGGAUUGUUUCGUGCCCAGUUCCCCGAACUGAUCCCAACCACUUCGACUUCAGAAGCAACGACAACGUCAACAACGAGCAAAACUGAGGAAUAUACCACGAUCAUGAAAACCACCGAAACUAGAAAAGUGGUUUAUUGGACUUCUUCUCCUACACAGAAUCAAGCUGAUACGACUGUCAGUAAUGAUGGUCAUUUGCCUUUACCAAAAAGAAGAGUAGUUAAACCGUGUAGAGAUACCAGAAAAUGGUGGCAGAAGAUAUUCUAUAGGAAUCCGUGCAAAAAAGUCAGCAGCCCGGAUGUCGAUCAGUUAUAAGGAAGGAAUAAUUUAGUAGGGAUUUUUUACUUUCAUUAUUCGUCAAAUUCUAAACUCUAGACUGGUAAUUAUAUUAAGUAUAAUUGAUAACAUGUAUAAUAUUAUUCUGAAUUAGAUACUUACCAAUGUAAUAAUUUUAACCUUAAGUAACUUUGGUUUUGAAAUAAAUAGUUAUUUCUGCAUCAUAA